GAAGGACCAACCAAUCAGGACCGCGGAUUGUCGACAUGGGGUAAAACCCCCUCUGAGAAACGCACUCUCUUGUGGCAUCGAGAAGGAGUCGACGGCACGAGGUGGUCAAGAUGCGCCGCCGCUCAAAGGGCUGUGGAACUGGCCAAAGCCCAGUGCCGCGCGUUGCGUCGCGCUCGCCGCAUGCGCUAUGAGGACAGCGGUCCACAACGUUCAGUUCACAGAUCAGUUGGUCGCAAUUCAACGAAUAGCUGGGUGGACAAACAUGGGAAAAACACUGGGACCCACUCUCAUUUGGGAAAGGUGGCGAUGGCGUCGCAAGAUGCGCCCGAGACGAGCAUGCGCCUUCGGUUCCUUCAGUUCCUCGACAGUCGGCCAUGGCAUUACUUCAUCAUGGCACUUCUUCUUGUCGACUUCCUUGGCAACUGCAUCGUUGCAAGCGUCACAUCGACGGAGACGUUCUACCAUGCAGCCCGAACAACUCGCUUGGCGUCGGCAGCGUGCGCAAUCAUGCACCUCAUUGACAGCGUCGGUCGAGUAUGGAGUCUUCGACGAUCGUAUUUUCGCAACGCUGCCACGGCCAUUGACGGGUUGGCUGUUGUCUUGCUGCUCUUGACCCUCGCUGCGCGAUUUGUGUGGGCCGACGACGUCAAGAACGUUGUGCUUUCACAGGGCGGAUGGACGAACAAGUACCAACUCUUCCACGAAGUGCUCACGAAUCAAAAGGAACAGUACAUCGCGGCACUCUACUGUCUCGUUGUCGCGGGGCGAAUAUGCCUCAAACCCCGCGCGCGUACGUUUUCGAAAAAGCUGCACAAAUACGCAAAUCACGACAAGCUCGAGAUCAGUCUGCUAAGUUUGCGCACGGCGAUCCAUCGCAUUCCUGGAAUUCAGGCGGCGGUGGUGGAAUUGAUGGAGAUGGACUUGGCUAUGGUCUGCGGCCGCCAGGAUGGCAAUAUCAACCGCGAAGAGCUCAUGCGAUUCCUUCAAAAGGCCAUGCAGUACCGACCAAAGGAGUUGUCGGUCGAUGCGUUUCUCGCAUACUUGCGCCAAGUGGAUGCCACGUCCUCGAUGCAAAGCACCUACGGCGCAUACGAAGUGGUCAAGUCGACCUUUCGUCACUGGGCGUCCCAGCGCUUCGACCUGGCGCUGACGGUCCUCGUGGUGGUGCUGUAUGCGUGCAUUGUGCCAGGAUUGGCCUACUUCCUCCAGAUCUUGACCGACCAAGCGUUCCCUUGGUACAUCACGUUGGAUCCGGCCCACGAUAACCUAUGGGACAUCUACACGAUCACGAAUGUGACCAAACGCAUCGUGUACAAGGACGAGAUGGCGAACGAAAACAAUUUGAAUCCCAAGGAAAACAACUUGUUCAUAUUCGUGCCCCACGAGUCGCUCCAAUUUGGCCUGCUCGGACUCUUGGCACUGGCCGUCCCGUUUGUUGCGUGCGACUACGCCAUGGGAUAUUUUCAAUCCAAGAUGAUCGCGAAAGCGACGCAGCGAAUGCAGGACACCCUUCUGUCUGUGAUUUUGAGCCAACCGAUUCAAUUUUUCAACGAGCGCCCCGACGGCGACUUGAACAACUUGUUUCAGUCCGACAUUGCGCGCGUAAACGCCAUGUGGCAAGCUGUGUUUUGGAACUUGAUGCAGCCGAUCGUGGCGAUUGCAAUCGGGUUUGGAUUUCUAUUGUACGUGCAACCAGUGGUCGGGAUCAUGGCGUUUUCGUUCGCUGCGAUCGUCGUGUCGUCGGGGCCGCAGGGCCUCGCCGCGUCCAAGUCGGACGAUUUCGGAAAGAAGAACGCGAUCGUGUCGACCGAGUACCAAAACGCCAUUGCGUGUCAAAAGGUUGUCCGAGCGUAUGCGAUUCAAUCGUCGUUGCUCGCCCGCUUUGGCGCGUCGAUUCAAACGUUGGGGACGGCGCAAUUUGGAAAGGACUUUUGGAGCGGCAUUGUUCAGAUAUACAUUGAAAGCGCCAUGUUCAUCUUUGUGGCGGUCAUGACCGCGUGCCUUUCCAUCAAAGUUUACCACGGCGACAUCACUCCCGGCGAAUUCUUUGCCAGCGUCACAUUGAUCAACCGAGUGUCGACGCCAGUUAGCGUCUUGGGCGGAUUCAUGCGCGUAGCCAUUGGGAACGCCAGCAGCUUGCAACGGCUCGACCACGUGCUGCAGAUGGAGCCAAUGGACAACACCCCCUCGACGCCGCUGCCCAACUUGCAUCUGAUGCAAAAGAACAUUGCGCUGCACCACGUCAACUUCCACUACUCGACCGACCGACAGAUCUUGUUCGACGUCGACGUUGUGUUUAAAAUGGGAGAGUACAGCUGCAUCGUGGGGCCGAGUGGGUGUGGAAAGAGUACGCUCUUGGGAUGCCUCAUGCAGCUGCACCCCGUGUCGUCUGGCCGCGUCAUGAUAGACGGCGUCGAUUUGAAGCAGUUUUCCAGUCGAAGCGUGCGCGAUCAACUGGCAGUUGUGUUCCAACAAGGGGGCGUCUUGAACGGCACCAUCAUGGACAACAUUCGCUAUGGCCAGCCCACGGCAACGGACGACGAUUGCAAGCGCGCUGCCAAGUCGGCAGAGUGCCACAACUUCAUUGAGCAACUCAAGGACGGGUACGACACGGUUGUGGGACAGCACGCUCUAGUCAACUUGAGCGGUGGACAACUGCAGCGGAUCUGCCUGGCCCGCGCGCUGGUUCGAGAGCCAAGCGUGCUCUUGUUGGACGAAGCAACCAGUGCACUCGACGCCAGCACGGAAGCGAGCAUUGUCGCGACGCUAGAGCGAUUGACGCGCACGCUAAACAUGGCGGUGGUCAGCGUGACACAUCGAUUGAACACGGCGCGCAAUGCCGACAAGAUCGUCGUGAUGAGCAAUGGAAGCAUCGCCGAGUGCGGAAAGUUCAAUGAGCUGAUGGCAAAGCCGGACUCGAUCUUUGCGAGCUUGAUGCACAAAGUGGACAAUCUCUCGCCAUCGCAUGACCCGACAACCUCUCGCCAGUCGGCCUCACGCUCGUUCGGCGCGUACACGCACAACGAAGACAUUUGCAAUAUGAUGGAGACCCACCAAGCCUUGAUGGAGUACCAAAAGGCACUCAGCACGCGAUCGGAGGACGAAUUGUCCGCCUGGCAAGUUCGCAAGAGCAGUUCGGCCAAACGUCAACUGUCCCGCAUUUCGCGUCGCUCCGUUCAAAGCAACGACGACGCCCCCAACGACAUCACGACAACCACCAACCGCGACAGCUACAUCGUUAUCUAAGUUACAAAUCUACGCACUAGUCGUUGUUGCCCAGCCAAGAUGCGUUCAAAUAUACCAUUGAUCCAAGUCGAAACAGU